UUUUGCUAACAAUGUAAUCAAUGAAAUGAUAACAAUGCUAGAAAUGCUAAAAGCUUUUUAUUCUGGUAUGUUAUUAUACAUACAUACAUUGUAGUUAUUAAUACAAGUGAUGCAAAUAAUUUUCAAGGCAUGCUAUAAAUCACUUGUUAUUUGAAACGAUACUAUUAUUUUGUGUGUGUUGUGUGUGUGUGUGUAUAUAUGUGUACAUAACAUUAUUUAAUAUGUAUUUGAUAAAAAGUAUAGUACCAUUUCAAUGAGAAAGUUUGAAAAUUAUUUGCAUCACUUAUAUGGCAUAACUACAAUGUAUUUCUUGAUAAAAUGUGGUAUUUUUAAAAAUGACAUUUUUUGGUACUACACUUAUCAUUCGCAUUUAUACUGAAACUUACUUUAUCACAAACGCAUGGCGCGAUGUUCUAUUUAUUAAUCGUUGCUAUGUACAAAUCAUGUUAAGCAAUAGUAGUCUCAUCUUGCACGCUGACUAUCUUUGAAAAUUAUUUGCAUCACUUAUAUUGCAUAACUACAAUGUAUUUCUUGAUAAAAUGUGGUACUUUUAAAAAUGACAUUUUCUUUUACUACACUUAUCAUUUGCAUUUAUACUGAAACUUACUUUAUCACAAACGCAUGGCGCGAUGUUCUAUUUAUUAAUCGUUGCUAUGUACAAAUCAUGUUAAGCAAUAGUAGUCUCAUCUUGCACGCUGACUAUCUUUGACCAAUUCUUCAACUCUGCUUUAAAAUGACAACAUGCAAAGAGGAAGUUCGUUCUAUUUUCCUAUUCAGUAUAAUAUUCUGUACAACUACAUCUACUGUGAUACAUUUUGAACGUGAAUGGAACGUAACAUCAAGUGAUCUUAUCGGCGAAGACGAAACGCUUGGCAAAGAUAACAUUGCUGCGUAUGCUAAAUGUAACGAUAUUUCAAAGACGGAACGAGAAUGCAUAUUAGUUUACGAAUUUCUCCACCCUAUGGGUUUUAUUUUUAAAAACAAAUGUUACGCCAGCUUUCGUCAUAAUAAAGGUAUUGAAAAUUUGGAUAUGAUGAAAAUACGAGCAGCAUCGAAAGGAAAAAUAGUAAUGUCAUACGUUAGCGAUCAAGAAAAAGAAGUGGCAAAGUGGGCAACUAUAUACAGAGUUAUUGAUACUUCUACGUGUACGUAUUAUGAAAGUAAAGUAUUAUUUAAUAUAACUCAGUUAAGUGAACAGUUAGGAAACAAAUAUUGGGAGGGAAAUGUUUUUAUUAAUGACGAUGAAACAUUUGACACAUUCUUGGCUCAAAAAAAUUUAUGCGACGGUGCAAGAUGUAGAGUGACCUUUGGUUCUGAUGGUAAAAUGAUCCGUGACCCAGUCUCUUAUCUACCCACUGAGUCACUUCCUAGAGACAUUCAAAUGUUUCCUCUUGUGAAGACUUCGAAAUAUGAUGAAUAUUUCGCUGUGGUGAAAGAACAGGCCAGACCAAAAUUAAAUUCCAAUCAGCAUAAUGGACCGACAGGUUUGAAGUUGUUGCACGUAAGAGCUUAUUCUACAUCUCCGGAAACUAUAUUAGAUUUGAGUAAUGUAUCAACUUUUGACGUUGAUAAUUCGCAAGGAGUUUUAACUGUUUGCUGGUCAAGGAGUAAAAGUAAAAAUAUCACGACCAUCGAAUGCCAUCAAUAUAAUGUUAAUAACGAGAAGACGGUCAGUGCUUCUUUUGAAUUGCCAUAUCCUCUGAAAACAUUACAAGUUAAAAAUACGUGGGCUGGCGAAGAGUUUUUACUUUUGACUGAGGAGUGUGAAAACGAUUUGUGCGAAAACGAUGGUCAUUUUUACAUUAGAGCUAUAAAUCGUCGUAAACCACAAAGUGGUAAAAUGGAAAUUUUUGACUUACACUGUUCUGGAAAUAAAAAAAAAAUUAGUAUUUCUUUUUUCAAUAGAAAAUCGAUAGAAGAUAAAAUUUGUAUUUCCUUGUCCUGUCAACGUUUUGUAAGAAUUGAACCUACGAUAUCUUACAAUAACAUCAAACUUUUUCGGCAAUGUUUUUUAACCAAAUACAUCAAUGAAGCUUUUUAACAACAUUUAUGUUUAAAUUUAAUAUAAUUGCAUAACAUAAUUUCGCUGUAUCAUUUUUCCAAUAUAAAUUUAUUUAUUUACAACUUCCAGAAAAAGUACACACUUGCAUGCUUGAAAAAGAAUAACUUACUUAAAGUUCGCAAUAGUAAAUUGAUGAAAAUCCUAAUCAUAUUUUUCAUAAUUUGAAAAUAGUAAAUUUGUGAAAUGUUCUUUUUGUAUACUAUCAUAGAGUUUUGUACAUUAUUAAUUAAUUAAAUAUAUUACAAAAAUAGUACACAUUGAACCAUCUCUUGAGGAAAGAAUUUAAUUCAAAUGUGCCCGUCCAUACAUCUUAGAGUUUAUCGCGCUUCCAGCUAAUUACGAAUCUGUCUUCUCACCGCUUCGAGUAAUUUGGAAGUUUGUUGAGAUUAUUAGAACAAUAUCGGUGAUAUGAUUACCUCGAACUGCUAUAAAGCUCAGAGAACCAAAGGAGCCAACUAUGUCAAUCCAAAAUUAAUAAAAAGUGGUGUACCUAGAAGCAGCGCUAUAAUGUCACCUAACAGCACGCUACGUUUCAUUUUCAUAUUUUCUAAGGCGUUUACCUCAUAUGUGUAUUUUAAUCUUCAUUUGAGAUAAUUUCAAUUUCAUAUUUCAUAAUAUAUCUUACA